UUCACUAACUUAAGACGGAGUUGGACUUGGGAGUACCGUUGUUUGUUACUCGGUAUGAAUUCUAUCCAUUUUUUUCAGGAAAAUAAAAAGUAGAAGACGCAUGAAUGUGGUUGGACUUUGGAGUAAAAUUGGAGCCCACUUGCUGCUAAGCGGUGGAAUCAACAACACUUCCAAACUUUUGUUUUUUUUGUUUUUGUUUGUUUGAUUCGUUUAUUCUCAACAAUUUUGGAAGCCAAAACUAUACUUUGACUAUGAAUUAUUAGUUUAUAAGUUCCCAUGUGAAAUUUCUAACAAAUAAAAAAAAACUGACUCGCGGUCUUGUUUGAAAUAUGUAGAGUAUUCACUAUAAAUUCGGAUUUGAGCGUCUCUAGAUGAUCUAAAAACUUGCAAACCAAAUGGAUGGUUCCAUGGCGGAGAUCAUAUUUGACAGAGAAAGAAUUGCCAGGAACAGGACAAAGUAGUAAUGAUCAGGCCGAGUUUGAGCACCUGCUGAAUAUCCGCAGUCAGAUGCAGAAGCAGGAGAAUUUGAAGCUUCCACUGGAAAAAAAACGAAGGCGUCGUAAACCAACGCAAACACCAGAAGAACAAAAAAAAAGGAAAAAUGAAAGGGAUAGGGCUGACCGGAAACGCAAAAGGGACGCGUUUAACAGGCUGAUGACAAUAGCGUCCAACUGCGGGGGAAUUGACAAGAUGGAGUGUGACGUCAAGACUCGAGCGAAUCAAAUCCGAGUAUGGAAAUUUUGAGGAAAUCAUCUCCAAGUUGAAUAAACUUGACCAAAUGAAGGAAGAGUUAGCUGUAUUCGAGAAAGUAAAGACCAUGUUCGGUGGAAUUGAAUAUAUCUUGCCCGGAUUGGAUAGGCUUAAGAAAACAGAGUUUCAGUUCCCGGUUUCUAAGCCAAAUAAAACGGAAAGGCCAUUCAAUGAUUUUCUACCGCCGUCUCCUGAUUUUUUCCAGGAUGGAGCACAGUCACUGAACUCAAAUAACCAAGGAUCUGCCGGUGACUGUGACUGGCUGGGAGAUUAUGGAAUCAGUCAAAUGUUCCUUGCAGUUGAAACACUAUAUUCUGAUGUUCUUGUGACUGAAUUUAUUGCGAAGCUUGAGAAGAACAGUAGGAGCAAAGUGAGCUUCUCCAGCUUUAAAGAUUUAGAUGGGGAGCGCCAAAGAGUUGGGGACUACAGUUUCCCAAUGUCCCUGGUCUCGACUGCUAACGCUAUUAUGGAUGCUCAUGGUGAUGUUACAAAAAACAGCCAUUUUAGUCCUCCUGUUGUUGAGAACAUUUAUGUUUUCUUUUGUGCUGCAAUCAAAGAGAUGGGUGAUCUUUCGCUUAAACAAGUUACGGAAGACACAAUGUUGAAGUGGAGAGACGCAAUCAUGGAUGCUAAACGGAGUGGUUGCGACGUGGAAUUUGCUUGGAAGCAUUUGGAGACAAUUGCUUAUGCUUACUUUGGUCUUAAAGCACGGAAUUACCGGAUUAGCUUGGAGCAGAAGAUGGCAAAUUUAAUGGCUGAGGAAAAAUCCUUGAGACAGCAGCUUGAAAAGAAGGAAGAAGAGGUGAAAGCCGUAAAAGGCAAAGAAGAAGAGUUAACAUCUUUGCAAUGCAAGAUGUGUCAGGAUUGUGUGGAUCGCUUUCUGGACAAAAAUGUUGGUCUUUUUGGAUAAUUGUUACUCUUUUGUGGUUGUCUGAUCCACGGAAAUUGACAGAACUUGAAUAUAUUUACUUGUCUAUUGGCAUGGUUAUUACUCAUAAGACCUUGCCGCCUGCCAGUGGCGCAUGAACAUGAACAGUGACAAGUGCGUCUUCAUUUACUUACGAUAUUAGGAAGGUAGUGUGUGAUGUAAGAAGCUAAAUCAUUCUACACUGGGUGGAAAACGGAGAAAUUGAUCACGAGUUGGGACUAUACAUUAAUCUCAUGUCAGAAAUUAAGGUAACUCCGAAGAAUCUUCGCCUCUAUGAAGGCGUUUGGUUGCCAAGAAAAAGGAGCAAAAAUGCGAAGACAGAGAAAUUGAGGCUCUGCUUCUUGACUAAUUAUGAUACUUGCUCAAGUGAUCACAUUGCUCUUCAUGUCUGAAAAUUGGAACAAAACACCCCACGUUGAGAUUGUUUCUUACUUUCUUGACUAUAGUGUUGGUACUGCAUGCUUUACACCUGCAGCUGUUUAAAUGGUAUUGAUUAAAAUUGUUUCUGAAUUUAUUGGUCUCUGUUCAUCAAUAAUUGCAGCAGGUCCAUUGUGGGCGGAUCCAGCAAACUUAAAUUUUCACCAUUGCUAAGCGUAACAGACAGAGCUGCAGAUGCACUUGACGCUCGCCAACAAAAGGGAGGAGAACCUUCGGAUUUGCUGGUUUUCUGUCCGAGGUGACUGUUGCAGAAGUUGGUGGGAUUCUAUUCCCUCCAUGCUAUACCAAACGCUGUAUAAUUUUAUAAAUAAAACACGCCAUAUUUCUUGACAAAAAGAAUAACAGUAGACUGAUACCUUGGAAUUUCCCUUCGUUGUUUGUGCUUGCUGAGUUUAUGCAUAAAAAAUAUAUAGAAGAGCCAGUUUUCUGUCACCCGAAUAUUCCACUUUGUAAUAUUUAGCAGGCAUCAUAACGGAAUUUAUUGACCAGGAAUUUUGAGAUUGUGAUAGAUUUUGUUAACCAUUAUGACUGAGAAGUUAUUUCAUCAAAUCAUGCUUAUCUGAGCUCCAAACGAAAGAUAACAAUCACAAAUUAGGUACCAAGUAUCUAUGAAGUCACUUGUUAUGCCUAAAUCAAAACUUUCAUGGCUGGGCGCUUGGCUAACCCAAGGAAAGCAUCCCUGGACAGUCACAUCAUUUGCUUUAAGAA